AGAAGACGAAGAAGGCCGAAGAAGACAUCAACCGGAACACUACUAACUUCAUUUCCUUUAUAUUCUUGUGCUUGAUUUCUGGUGCAACACGAGUAAAGGAAAUAUAUUUUGUAAACUUUGAAAUACGGUUGUUUAUUUAAAACAACAACUAGAAGUUCGACGUCGGAAAAAAAAUGUCUCACACAAUUCUACUUGUCCAGCCAACAAAGAGACCCGAGGGCCGCACGUAUGCGGACUACGAGUCAGUCAAUGAGUGUAUGGAAGGUGUGUGCAAGAUGUACGAGGAACAUUUAAAGAGGAUGAACCCAAACAGUCCGUCCAUCACUUAUGAUAUCAGUCAGUUGUUUGACUUUAUUGAUGACCUGGCAGAUUUGAGCUGUCUUGUGUACAGAGCUGACACCCAGACAUACCAGCCAUACAACAAGGACUGGAUUAAAGAGAAGAUCUAUGUGCUCCUGCGGCGUCAGGCACAACAGGCUGGGAAGUAAAUGCCAGGAGUUUGCCCUGCAGUUCAAAUCUAGGAGAAGUU